UACGACUCUCUCUUUCUCUCUCUCAAUGUUCUUUUAUUCUUUUUUUUUAGAAAGUCUCUCUCAACGGUUUCAUUUGAAGUGAUAGCCACCACAAAGUUCUCUAUAAAUAGUCAUUUUUGUUCUUGGGCAGUCUACAUAAAUCAUAAUCUCCAAAGAAAGAAAAUAAACAAAAAAAAAAAAGAGAAAGAGAAAUGUCGGAUGACUGCCCAGACACUGCAGGUGAAGGGAUGAAGAGCUCUUGGCCUGAGUUGGUGGGGAAAAGAGGAGAAGAAGCAAAAGAGAUAAUUGAUAGAGAAAAUACGAAAGUGAAGGCUCAGAUUAUAGCUGAAGACGCUAUUAUUUUGCCAGUUCUGGUUUGUGAAAGGGUUUAUGUUUUUGUCAAUGACUGUGGCAUUGUGACAGAAAUCCCAUUCAUCGGCUAAGCAGUUAUUAAACACUGUAUCUGUACGUGGAUGAAUCAAUAUGGAUCUUAUUAUGUAAUAUAACUAAUGUAUGUGUGAAAUAAGGUAUUGUUGCCGUCAAUGUUGUAAUAAGGAUUUGAGGCAUAUAAUUUGCCUCCAUUUGUUAUUUUAUGAUACCAAAAUGUUGUAUUUGCUACAUCACUGGAAUAAUGAAAUUUGGGUUUGGUA